CGAAAUGUUCCUCGUAAGACACUAUAUUACAGCAAUAUCCAAGACAAAAGACUUUAGUUUUCAUCGACACAUCGAAUUGAAGAGAGUUGGUUCUGACAAUUUUCCGUUCGAGCACACGACAAAAUGGCUCGUUGUUACUUGAUCAUCUCGUCCUUACUUCUUCUUCUGGUCGCGUUAAGCAUAUCUCCUAGCUACACCUUGAAGAUCAAGUCCGCAAGUUUCCUCUCACCAAAACAAGUCAUGACUCCAGGAUCAGUGGCAAACCCUUACCUAUUCGACAUCGAUUUCCCUAGAGGCCACAUCGGCCUCAAAGGUUUCGACGCCGAAGUAGUCGACCAAGACGGCAACCCCGUCCCGUUACACGAGACAUAUCUCCACCACUGGGUUGUCCACCCUUACUACGUGCGUAAAGGUCUCAACCUAUCGCAGCUAGACAUGCCUAGGGAUCUUGGUUCGAGUCCUGAUUAUAUUCUCGUUAGAAACGGAGGGUUGUGUAGGGAUAGAGUCAGACAAUACUUUGGGUUAGGAUCAGAAACACGCAAGACUUCGACGUAUGUUCCUGAUCCUUACGCGAUCGAGAUUGGUAAUCCGGAGGAGACGCCUGAUGGGUAUGAGUUCAAAUGGCUUCUAAAUAUUCACGCUAUUGACACUAGAGGGGUUGUGGAUAGACAAGGAUGCACCGAGUGUCGGUGUGAUCUUUAUAAUGUAACGGUUGAUGAGUAUGGUCGAGCUUUAGAACAUGGAUACAAAGGAGGUCAAGACUGCUGCUACGAUAAGACUCAAUGUCGGUUAAGAAACGGAUUCGACCGUGGAAACAAAACAAGAACUGUGUAUCUUAAGUAUACUGUGAGAUGGGUUGAUUGGGACAGCUCGGUUUUGUUGCCGGCUAAGGUUUAUAUUCUAGAUGUUACGGAUUCUUGGGAACGGUCAGAAGGAUCAACGGGAGAUAACCACGAACAUUUUUGCCAUGUGGAAUAUGAUGUGAAACUGUGCAAAACUAAAGGUGAUGGAUGUGUUGAUGUUAAGAAAAAGAGCUUAAUGAUACCGUUUAAUGGGUAUAUUGUCUAUGGAGUAGCUCACCAGCACGCAGGUGGUAUUGGUGCUGCUCUGUACCGAGAGGACGGUGAGGGAAUAUGCUCUUCGAUGCCGAAGUAUGGCAAUGGACACGAACCUGGAAACGAAGCUGGUUAUAUUGUUGGAAUGUCAUCUUGUUAUCCUGAACCGGUGAAAGUGACUAAUGGAGAGACACUGAAUUUGGAGUUCAAUUACAGUAAUGCCAUUGGUCAUACAGGAGUCAUGGGACUCUUUUACAUCCUGGUUGCUCAGCAGCUGCCUGAACCGGGGAGCUCCUUGCAGGCACAUGCGAAAAGUGUGAGUUUUUUAGCCUUUCCUGCAAUGACGGUGAUAGUGGCGGUUGUGGUUCUAAUAGCCGCCGUGGUAUACCGGAGACAGAACAUGGAAGAUGGUUACCAAUCACUUAGUACCUAAAAAGUAAAACUAUAGAUAUUCUUCUUCAACAUUUUAUAAUUUUCGGCGUUUUCUAAUACCAAAUAUUAAAAUAACAAAGUAUCUUGUUACUCUUCCACUAGUGUUAUAUUUUUGUAAUGGUUGUUACGACUUAUGUGUGUAAAAAGUUUGCUUUUGUCAAUGGUAUGUAGAAGACUCCUGCUCC